AUGCUACCCGUAGCUUCCGUCAACGCCGUCCUGGCCGACCUCAACCCUUCCGGUCGAAUCGGCACCGGCGCCGUCCCAGGCGCAACUUCCUCCUCUUCCGCCCCGUCCGCAGUAUCCAACCCUUCCCUCUCCUCCGGCUUCGGUGGCUACGGUGGAGGGCUCGCUUCCUCUCCCAACGUACCCGCUCCGGGAUCAAGUAUCGACCCCAGCACCGGUCUCCCUCAUACGGCCGGAAUCACUCGGGCUGAGCUCGAAGCUCGCAAAGCUGCCUCGGCAGGCGGCGCGCAGUCUUCCGGUCUCAUGAGCGGUCUGGGGACGGCGCCGAAUGUGCCUGCUCCGGGCUCUUCUAUCGAUGCGACGACCGGUCUGCCCCAUACGGCUGGCCUCACUCGCGCGGAGCUCGACUCUAUCAAGUCGAGGGGCGCAGGGUUGCUGGAAGGUGGGAGCGGAGAUGUCCAUGAUCUUUCAGGCAGGCAGCAGGCGGCUGCUCAGCUCGUUGGUGGAGGACUAGGUGUGCCCGCUUCGCCCAACCCCCUGAAGGGCUCCAUCGUCGAGGACAUUGAAAAGAAUGUCACGCGUCUCGGACAAAAGGCCUAUGAAGCUGUCCCCGUAGCCGUCAAGGAUCUCUUUGCUGAGCCAAAGGGCAAGGGCGUCGAGGGGAGCGCUAUCAAGCCCCGUCGUGGUUCUGCUGCUGCUCUUUUCGACAACGUCAAAGCCCAGGCCGCCAAUCUGGCGACUACAGUUCAGUCUAUCCAGCACGCUAUCGUCGAAGACUUCAACUCGCCUGGCCCUGUUGAGGCGAACCGUGCUGCCGGGACCGCUACAACCGCGCCCUCCACCUCCGGCCUCAAGGACCCGCGCGUACCGCCUCUUUCGGUCCAGGGCGCUCUGGCUGAGCCAAGCUCGUCCCCUGUCAAGGCCGUCCCGGUCGUGGUCGCGGUCCCUGUGGUUGUUGGGGAGCCCCAGGGAUUCUCAGCCCAGCCGAGCAGUACCAUCAGCGCUCGCCGAGGCUCUGCCGCUGGCCUCAUUGACACCGUCAAGGCCCAGGCCGCGAGCCUGGCGACAACAGUCCAAAACAUCCAGCACGCCAUCGUCGCGGACUUCGAGAACCCCGCACAGCCUGGAACGGCCGCCGCUCCUGGCGGAACCACCUCAGGACUGAAGGAUCCGCGCGUUCCUCACUUGUCGGCGCAAGGAGCGGCUCUCGAGCCAAACUCGGCGGCCGCUCGGAGGCCCUCCAUUAUCGACAGCGUGACGCAGCAGGCCAAGCGACUGAGCACGGAUGUGCAGCAGACGCUCAACUCCAGUGCCAACACCGAGGGCGGUGUGAUCAACCAAGUCAAGGGAUUCAUUCACGAUGCUUUCCAAGCUCCCGGUGAUUCGCCCGAGAACACCACUUUUGCUGCUCCUGCCGGUCGCUAUGCUUUCGGAACAGGUAUCGCUGCUGGUGGACCUCGAGCUUCGGUUUCCGGUCCUUCUGUCACUUCCAUAGAAAACCAGGGAGCCCGUCCGGGAGAGGUUGCGGGUGCGGACAACUUGCUCCGCAAGCUGAGCGCAGCGGGAAUCCCCGUCGACGAGUCUGUGGCUUCGAAGUCCGCCCCAUCUGCUUCACACGAUUCGAGUAAGGCCGCCCUCACCGGAGCUGGCGUCGGCGCUGGUGCAGGCGCCAUGGUCGCCGCGCUUGUUGGUGAUUCCAAGCAAGGUGGCGCCUCCGACAUCAACGCUCACUCGGCCAACGCUUCCGACGCAUCCCGUUCCGCUCUGCCUGAUCUCAGCAAGACCGCUGGCACCACCGGCAGCUCGUAUGGCGGUCUCGCACCCGCCCUUCCCGCCACGGUCCUCGGUACCGGUGCCGCUCACGGUGCGACCAACCUCGAAGCCACCCCGGGCGUCCAGACCUCGUCUGCUCCCGCUACUACCGCACCUAGCUCUGCCGCCUCUGCUGCGCAGUCCAGCCCUACCGACUCGCUCCUCCCCGCUGUGGCGCCCGGUCGGCAGCCCAACGACCGGACGGCCAGCUUGGCCUCGGUCACUGCGAUCCGGCACGGCACCGCCGGUGACCGGGAUCACUCGGCGGAUGUCUCGCCUCUCGCUGCUCAGCCCGAGUCUGCGUCCUCCAUUGUUGGGGUCAAUGGCGAUGAGGGACUGAAGAGCACCACCCGGGGCACAGGACCGAACCACACCUCCAGCCUUUCUCCGGGUGCGGAGGAGGAUGGUGUUGGACACCCCAGCUCGAGGGAUAAGGAAGGUACGAGCCGCACGCCGGGCACAUACCCUGCCGCAGCGGCAGGUGCUGCUGCUGUUGGCGCCGCUGCUGCUGCGGGGCACGGCUCCCACGGGAGGGAAGAGAGCUAUGCGUCCGAGUCGGUCGCUAGCAGUACCGCACCCGCUUCGACGGCCGAGACCGGCGCCACGUCCACUUCUGGUCACGCUACGGAGACGUCGAGCACGCCGGUAGUCGGAGCCGCAGCCGCUUCUUCGCCCUCGGCAGCCAAGGCGGUUCCCACCGCGACACCCACCAAGUCCUCCACUGCUGCCACACCCACUACCCCCGCCCGGAAGAGUAUGGAGACUCAGGGCCAGAGCCCAGCUCACGGUCGGACGGGAAGCACGGGCUCCGGAACGCCCGGCAAGAAGGUUGGGUUCAUGAAGAAGUUGAAGGGAGAGGUGAAGAUUUUGAGUGGGAAGAUGAGCCAUGAUGAUGCCAAAGUGAAGGCUGGGGAGAAGAUGAAGCAUGGGGGUAAGUGA